CAUCUAGCAAAACUGUACAAUCUAAAGUGGACUGCAUUUUGCAAGAAGUUGAGAAGUUUACAGACCUAGAGAAACUCUACCUCUACCUUCAGCUGCCUUCGGGUCCCAACAAUGGAGACAAAAGUGAUCAGAUCUCCAUGUCAUCUAGCCGUGCGCAGCAAAUGCAUGCGUUUUCUUGGAUACGGAAUACCUUGGAAGAACACCCGGAGACAUCCCUUCCCAAACAGGAGGUUUAUGAUGAAUACAAGAGCUAUUGUGACAAUCUUGGCUACCACCCAUUAAGUGCUGCUGACUUUGGAAAGAUCAUGAAAAAUGUGUUUCCAAAUAUGAAGGCCCGCCGUUUAGGCACAAGAGGCAAAUCAAAAUAUUGCUACAGUGGACUGAGGAAGAAAGCGUUUGUGCAUAUGCCAACACUGCCCAACCUUGACUUUCAUAAAACUGGAGAUGGGUUGGAUGGGACAGAGCCAUCUGGGCAGCUACAAAGUGCUGAUGAGGAAGUUGUCUCCGCGGCCUGCCGGCUUGUUUGUGAAUGGGCCCAGAAAGUGCUAAGCCAGCCUUUUGAUACGGUCUUGGAAUUGGCUCGUUUCCUUGUAAAAAGUCACUAUAUUGGUACCAAGUCAAUGGCAGCUUUAACAGUAAUGGCAGGGGCACCAGCAGGAAUAAAAGGGAUCCCCCAGCCCUCAGCUUUUAUACCUACUGCUGAAAGUAAUUCCUUUCAACCACAAGUGAAAACUCUGUCAUCUCCUGUUGAUGCCAAGCAGCAACUGCAGCGUAAGAUCCAGAAGAAGCAGCAAGAACAGAAACUGCAGUCUCCUUUACCAGGGGAGUCUCCAGCAAAGAAAACUGAAGGCACCACAACCAACGGCGUGGCUAGUAUAUCUAAUGGAAGUCCUGCAAUUCUGUCUCCACAGCCUAUUGGUAUUGUUGUGGCAGCUGUCCCCAGCCCAAUACCGGUGCCAAGGACGAGGCAGUUGGUAACAUCUCCAAGUCCUAUGGGAUCAUCUGAUAGCAAGGUCCUGCCACUCAAUGUUCAGGUGGUCACUCAGCACAUGCAGUCAGUCAAACAGUCACCAAAGACUCCCCAGAACGUUCCAGCCAGCCCAGUUGGUGACCGCUCUGCCCGGCAUCGCUACCCACAGAUCUUACCGAAGCCAGCAAAUACCAGUGCUCUCACCAUCCGCUCUCCCACGACGGUGCUCUUCACCAGUAGCCCAAUCAAGACUGUUGUGCCAGCUCCACAUGUGAAUUCCUUAAACGUGGUAAAAAUGACAGCAAUAUCUCUCGCUCCGAGCAGCAGUAGCGUGCCUGUCAAACAGACGCCUUCAGUUAACAGCAGCGCAGGAGCAGUGGAAGAAGUGAGGACUGCUCCUCAGAUCAAAAAUGGAUCUGUUGUUUCACUUCAGUCUCCAGGUUCCAAGCCUAGCACUGUUGUAGCUACAUCUGCAGUUGAGAUCAAACUGGAACCAGAAGUGUUGCUGGAUGAGAACCCAGUUCAGGGCCAAGAGAGCUCUGAUGUGUCUAAAUCUGUAAAGGGAGCCCCUGGCCUGCCAGCUGCUCAACAAAUCAAUUUUGAGGUUGCAACCUUGAAAGUUUCAGCUGAUGGUGUUGUGGAGGCAAAAACAGCUAAGGGCUGUGAUCAGGGAGCUGAAGAAGCAAGGACCAAAUACAAAACACAGUCUAAUGAGAUCACACCAGUUUCUUCAGCAGGCAAUAAUCAAAGCACUCUAAAGCUGUCAGUUGCCAGUCAAAACUUGUCCAGCACCAGCAUCAAUUCACCUCCUACUGGUGAGUCUACAGUUAAAGACAAAACAUGCACUAAAAGUCCAAGAAAGCGACAACCUUCUGCGCUUCAGGAUUCCCAGGUACCACCUGUAAAGAAACCACUGGUGGGGCAGCUUUCAGCUGGUAAUGCUAUGGAGGGUCAAAAAGCCAACAGUGUUAAGAAGGCUCCGAAGAUUGUAUCAUUAGCAAGCAGUGACAAUACCACAACACUUGCUCAAGUUCCCAGCAAGGUAUCCAUAAAGGUAAAUUCUGCAGCUUCAGCAAACUUAGCGACAGACUGUUCUUUGAACACCAAUGUAAAUAGCAGUGAUUCUACUUUAGGACAGCAGCUUGCAGCAGCAGCGUCUCCAGAUAUAAAAGUAAAAUUAGAAGGAAACAUGUUUAUCAUAGAGAAUGAUUCAAAAUCUGAUGGCAGCUUUAACCCAAAUACAUGGCACCAUAUCACCAAAACUUCUGACUUUGCAUCUGUGAAUUGUGAACAGCAGCAAGAUAUCAGUGUUAUGACUAUUGCAGGACACGCUGGCUCUAGUGACUUACCAGAGUCAGCAUGGGAGCCAGUGCACUGUGACGGUAUACAGCAGGAUGCGUACAACCAGCAGUUACAGAGCCAGAUCCAGGACUCCUCUUUGGGUCAAAUACAAGCACAGUCUUCAAAUCAGUUACCUCUGCAGUCUGAGCUGAAAGAGUUUGAACACACAGUCCCUCAGUCAAAUGAAAACUUCUUUUCAUUUGAUGAUGACCUUACCCAGGACAGCAUUGUGGAGGAGCUGGUGCUAAUGGAGGAGCAGAUGUCAUUGAAUAAUUCUCAUCCCUACAGUGGUUGUCUAGGAAUGGCACUUCAGAGUCAGACAGCAGCUCAAGGAGCUCCCGUGUCAUCUCAUCCCAGUAGUGCGCACUUCUACCAUUCAAUCCAUAACAACAGCACUCCAAUUCACACUCCGACGCCCACCCCAACUCCCACCCCCACCCCCACCCCGACUCCAACACCCACUUCCGAAAUGAUCGCUGGAUCUCAGAACGUGUCACGAGAGAGCCCCUGUUCCAGGCUGGCUCAGACAACUCCCGUCGACAGUGCUCUAGGAAGCAGCCGUCAUACGCCCAUUGGCACGCCGCAUUCCAACUGCAGCAGCAGUGUCCCUCCGAGUCCUGUGGAGUGCCGAAACCCAUUUGCAUUUACUCCUAUAAGCUCCAGUAUGGCUUACCACGAUGCCAGCAUUGUCUCAAGUAGCCCCGUGAAGCCGAUGCAGCGGCCUAUGGCUACCCACCCUGACAAAACCAAGCUUGAGUGGAUGAAUAACGGGUACAGUGGUGUUAGUAACUCGUCGGUUGCAAACCAUGGCAUUCUCACGAGCUAUCAGGAGCUAGUGGAAGACCGUUUCAGGAAGCCUCAUGCUUUUGCAGUUCCUGGCCAGUCGUACCAGUCUCAGCCACGGCACCACGAUACUCACUUUGGUCGUGUGACUCCUGUCUCGCCUGUGCAGCACCAGGCAGCCCCUGUAAAUAGCACCACCAAGCAAGAGGGCUUUGCUGUUCCUGCUCCUCUUGACAACAAAGGAACCGGAUCAUCUCUCAACAACAGCCUGAGAUGCCGGAGUGUGAGCCCUGCUGUCCAUCGCCAGCGUAAUCUCAGUGGCAGCACAGUCUACCCUGUCUCAAAUAUACCACGCUCUAACUUGACACCUUUUGGAAGUCCAGUAACUCCUGAAGUUCACAAUGUAUUUACCAAUGUCCAUGCAGACACCAGUGCCAAUAAUAUAGCACAAAGAAGCCAGUCAGUCCCAUUGACUGUGAUGAUGCAGACGGCCUUUCCGUCUCUUCAGAAACAAACAAACACUAAAAAAAUAACCAAUGUGUUGUUAAACAAACUUGAUCCUGAUAGUGACGAUGCAGUGAGAGGUUUGGGAAUGAACAACAUGCCCUCAAAUUACACAGCCAGGAUGAAUCUCACUCAGAUUUUAGAAACGUCCACCGCUUUUCCUAGUGCCAACCCACAAAAUAUGAUCAAUUCCAGCACUUCAGUUUAUGAAUUCCAAACACCAAAUUACCUCACAAAAAACAGCAGCACCGAUCAGAUCAGUUUUUCUUCUGGAGAUAACCAAGCACAAUCAGACAUCGGAGAGCAGCAAUUAGAUUUUAGCAGCACUGUAAAAGACCUUUUAGGGGAGGACAGUCUGCCAACCAACCAGCAGCUGGUGAAUCAGGUGGCAUCAGAUCUCAAUAACGUUGCAUCUGUCUUUUCCAGCGACAUCAGGUUGUCUUCCGACCUCUCAGGCAGCAUUAAUGAUCUGAACACUUUGGAUACAAAUCUACUGUUUGAUCCAGGUCGUCAGCAGGGACAAGACGAUGAUGCUACACUGGAGGAAUUAAAAAAUGACCCCUUGUUUCAACAAAUCUGCAAUGAAUCCAUUAACUCAAUGACUACAUCAGGUUUUGAGUGGAUGGAGAGUAAGGAUCAUCCUGCUGUUGAAAUGUUGGGUUAAUUUUGUUUCAUAGUAUGUAUGUAGCACACUGUAUCUAAAAGACAGACGUAUUGUAUUUGUCUUAAUGGAAGUGCCUCCUGCAGCAGAAACACUUGCUAUGUAUUGUGGCAUUUUUAAAAAAAAGUUUGCUGUACCAGUUGCUCAUCCUUCAGCAGGGAAAAGGCAGUCUUAUCAGUUUUAAAUAGAUCUCUAAAGGUGAUGGGCUAUCAAAGAGCCAGUAUUAAAAUUUGAAUUUUAUAGUAUUCCCACUCAACAUUUCUCAUUGUAACAAAUAAAGAAGUGGUUAAUAGCCAGCGAGCAUUAACAGCUAUGGCUGAGGGAAGGUUUUAAGUCCAGCUUGUUACUUGGCUUUCCAUACUUUGUAUUGCUUGUUACUUCUUAGUACAUAAUUCUUGCUGCUGACCUUUGUCGUUCAGGUCUGAAAUGCAGGGUGCUUGCAAAUGAGUAGGUGAUGGGGAAUGGGUGCAAGUGAACUAUGCGACAUGCAAGUGCUUGAUCAAUGGAAAGCAACCUUGGGUACUGCUCAGUGGUGAACUGUGGGAAAUCUCUGUAGCACCAGUGCCAUUUACAUCUCUGGUAAAGCACAGAGAUAGGAAAAAUUAACAGGAACGAUCAAGGAAAAAGAAAGAUGCACUAAAAUUUUUAUUUAAGAGAAGCCAAUCUUUGUAGUUGUUUUAAUCCAUUAAUUUUCAUGACAUCACACUUAGUAUUUUAGUUCUUACUUCAAUGUUUAUAUAUUGGGUAAAAUUCAUGGAAAAAGAUUUUGAGCACUGAAAUUUAAUCUAGGCUUAGCACCCUAUUUUAAGAGGAUAGGUACUGUUUAAUUAUUUAUCAAAGCUAGAGAAGGAACAUGAUAUUUUCCCUCAUUUUUUAAUAAAAGAGCUACUGGAGCUCAUUAAAAUACUAUUUUUAACAAUUCAUUUUUAAGUCCACUCUUUUCUAACCUAGUGGAGGGUGUAGGAAGAUGUUAUUUUCUCUGUAUGUUUCAGUAGGUUGAGCCCAUCUGUCUUUUUCACCUACUCUUUCUCUCAAACAAAAGUUGAUUAAAAUAUUAGAAAAUGUUGUUGGUCUAAAAAUAUUUUGUAUAGAGCCAUAAUGCUGCCAGGCACUUUACGGAUACACACGUGAGCUCUCUCUUGGUAAAACUUCUAAAAGUGCAUACUGUUUUAGGAGCCUGAAUUACAUUUUCAAGUGAUUUGACAGGACCGAUGGAUCUAAUUUUUGUUAGAAGUCCUUAGCUCCCCCUUCUUGAAAAUGGGAUUGAGAUUUCUACCUCACUAGCUCACUUUAAAAAAAACAAAAAACCUUUUGGUUUAUCAGCAUGGCAUGUAUUUCUCUAAUGAUGAAAAGAGAGAGGUACUUUAACCAGCCAUGGUCCUGAUCCUACAAAGAGGACUUGCACAAGCAAGCUUUUAUAUAAAAAGCACUAAGGAUGCUGUAAUACCAUUCCUUAAAGUUAGUAUAAAAUUGAUUAUUUCUCCUGUAAACUGACAUUUAUAAAACUGAAAGCAGAGCAGAAAACAUUUUCCUACCUUUUGUUACUUCUUUGAAUGAGAGGUCAUGAACUCAUGAAGGGGGAAGCCCCUUAGAUUUAGUUAAGAAAAAGAGAAUCAGAUUUUCAGCUGAUUGGGGUUUUUCAUUUAAGUGUCUUGGUGAUCUUCUGUUUCUACUAAUGACUUGAGAUCUUAGUAUUGGUUAGUGGGGCUUGGGGUGGGAGGGGGACAGUGCUGAUUCUCAUUGUGCUGCUGUAUUGACACUUCAGAUGCUGAUACACCACGGCUCCUCUUGCUCGCGUCUCCCAACCCUGGCCCCAACUAGCCUGUGGCCUCUUCUGCAGGGACAAACAGUUGUGCCAAGCUGUAGCAUCUUACAUGAGGUCUGAUUUCACUGUGCUUACAGCGAGAGUGUGGCCAUUUCAUUAAGAACAGACUUAAGAGUAUUCAGAUCUUGCCUUUAAACACACUGAUGUACAGUGGUGCGAUUUGUUUUGUUCAAGAUCAAAUGUCCCUAAGUUUUGUUGAGGAAAUGGGGAGGAGACUAGAAGUUGGGUGGUAAAGUGCUGUUUGCGACCUUGUGAGGUAUCCGUGAGCAAGGCUGGGACCCGGCUCCUUUCGCACAGAAGUGGCUUAGGGCAGGGCUUGAACUCUCUACCUGUCUAUGGCCUCUAGCCAGCGACAUCUUGAGCGUCCUUCUAUUGCUUUGACUUCAUUGGGCCUGAGAGACAGUCAGCACCUCUUUUUCUGAUCCUAGGUAAAGUGCUAGCGCUACUGUGAAUCUGUGAAACCCACCUUCCAGUGGAGAGCAGUGAGAGCACCCGCGCUGCGGGGAGCACCUGCGGCAUCUUGGGCAGCCUGUGUGUUUGCAUGGCAUGCUGCCCUGACCUCUGCAUCGCCAACACUGAGGCUCACGUGGGCUUGGUGACAAAAAGUUCCUGCCUAACUCCUCUGUUUCUCAGUAAAGCAAGAGUCAAUUUAAAAGCUGAUGCAUUCUAAAUUAUGCAGUCAUCACCAAAGGUUUUUAGAAGUGCAUUUAAAAUUAUAAAUACAAGCAUUACAUUGGACCUAACACAAGUUUUAAUUAGUAGGAAUAUUCUAUAAUCAGUGGAUUAAAGCAAAUGUAUUUUUAAUUUAAGAAAUGCUCAAUUCAGUGAGGAUUGUUUCAAGUAAAAUCCAAGGCACAGAGGUAAAACAUUUUCACUUCAAUAAAUGGUGCUAGGGCUAGUUCACACAGCUUUGUACAUUGGUAUGUAUUAUUUUAGAGGUGUUUGUGUGUUGGUGUUAUAAUCUGUUAGGUCCCUGUUCUUAGUGCUAGUUAGUUCUUUACUGUACAUUGAGACAGAGCACUACUGCACACCAAAGUAUGCAAUACCCAAAGGAAAAGUCUGUGAUUCUAACAAAUGGAAGCCUGUCUGUGUCAGAUUCUUCAAAACUAAGAAUUUGAGACAGUUCUGACCCCUUGUUUACAUUAUUGGCUUCCUACUAACAUAAGAAAUAAAUUAUUUUGAUAGCAUUUUUUGCUAAAGUAUACAAACUAGUGAAUUUGUACCCUUAUGUACAGUAUUGCAGCAAACACUUUAAAUUUGGUUGGUUAGUCCAGCAAACUUUCUGGGUUCAUAUAUUGCACUAAAAUUCUGUUGAACCUGUGGCAGGCACAUUCCUUAGGAUAAAUGCAACAAAUACGGCCCACAGAUUUAAAAAAAAAAAAAAACUUUUUAAUGUGUUUCAUUAUUAAAAGGCAAAAUGUCAUUAAAAGUGACAGAUGAAAUUGUCUUAUGUAGCAAUGUGCGUUGAUCUCAAUGAGAUAUUUCUAUUUCUUAUUCUCUUACAUGAGAAUAUUACAGCAGGAAAAAUUAAGUUUAGUUUGCUUCACCAUGUUAAUACAUGAUCACAAAACGUGCAUGAGUGUUAAUGACUUAUCUUGUACAGUACUAGAUAUAUUCCUGUAACCACUUUUAUUUUUUUUAUUCUUUUGCUGUAUUGAAACUGGUUCAGUGUUAACCAGGUGAGCAUAGUUAUUCACAAGUUAUUUACUUUUUUAUGUUAACUAAUUCAGCUUAGUUAUUGUUGAAUAUGUUCCUUUCUUGGAUUAUUUUUUAUUGUUCUGGUGUUGAAAAACAUUUUUGCAUCAUUUUAUCAUGAUAAGAAUUCAUGAAGUAAAUAAUUUGCAAAUAAUUGCAAUAAGCACUGACUUCUGAACUGAAAAGAAGGAAAGCGUUUUUUGUGCAGUGCAUCUGAGGUUCAUAUAAUAGUCUUGUACUAUACUGUGCGUUCUUUACUGCACCAUAAGGAAAGAAAAGUCCCUGUUCCACGUUUUCAUUUAGUGCAGGAAAUCCAGUUUCUCCCCUCUUCCCCAGUGUUUUGUUGUCUGUUGUACUGCUGAAACUACAGUAGUUGAAUAUUGCAGUAGCAUUUCAGUUAUUUUUUUUAUUGAAAGUGCUCAAAAAUUGUUUUUUAAAUGUUUUCAAAAACAAUAAAAACAUUUUAUAUUAAAAUGA